CCGACGAGUCUCAAGCCCUCUUCUGUACACCCAGUCAGCGUUCUGUUUUCGCUGUAUUGUUAAUGCCGCUGCCGUCAACCUACUGCCAAAUCUCGAGUUUCAGCUCCUCGGCGGGGCUGUGCACUGAACACACCACAAACUGCGUGACUGAAGGCCAACCCUGGAACGGACAAAGCAGCGGGCUUUGGUAACCUACAACCGUCAAUAUGACCGUCCUCAAGGAACCCACUCCGGCUCGUCCAACCUCCAGUCAGCACCGAACCUCCCUAAGCUCGACCGCAUCGAGCCUCCCUUCGAAAUCGCGUAUACACUCGCACUCUCUAUCUGUGGGUUCGAUAAAUCCGGCCCACCGGGUGGGGCGACGCAAGAGUAUGUCGUCAACCUCAAGGGCCAACCUAAGACUCCAAGGACCCACCCUCCAACACACGGAUAUGCCAAACAGUCUUCCAAACAAUGGUUCUAUAUAUAACGAGACAGCCGUGGCCGAUGGGCCAAUGUUGGCUUCAAUGCCAGAGACAGAAAAAGUGAACAAUAAGGCCAGGCUACGACGCGCGUCCGAAGGCUCGCACCUAAAAGCCAACAAGAGGCUUGUCAGCGGCAGCGAUUUGAAGUGCGAGAAAUGUGGCAAGGGCUAUAAACACAGCAGUUGCCUGACCAAACACCUCUGGGAGCACACGCCUGAAUGGCAGUAUACAUCCAAAUUGCUUAUUUCCAAGCAUCAGCAAGUACAGCUCCUUGAGGCCGCUUCGGUCCUGGUCGCUAUGAAUCAAGAAGGCGAGUCAGGGAACAGCGACCAUUCUUCUGCCUCACCCGCCGCAUCGGGGUCUUCAGACCUCCGUGAUGACGAGUUGAGCUCGACCGACACGACUCCUCCACCUCAGCCUGAUGAAGUAAUUGGGUCAUACUCUACCAGCCGCUCUAAUUCUGGCCGGUCGAAACGCUUCAGUGCAACCAGCAGUGCAUACUCACAGUCCUACCAGUCCACAUCCGCCUUCUCCGACGUAGGUCAAAACCACUCGUCCCACUACCGCCAAUGGAGUAACGACGGGCGUCCAACAACAUCUGGGACUUCGGUAGCGGGGUCCAACUACGAUGACGAGGACCAAGCCGACCUUGCCGCCGCCGUGGGCUUGUUAAGCUGUAGUUACGGCACACCUAAGAGCGGACCUGCAGCACUCGGCUUUGAUGUUCCCCCCGUUCCACCAUUACCCGCACGCUUUUUGGGCAUGAACAAAGAUGUGGACAUGCAUAACGAAGGCUUAGAAGACAUGGACGAGUUCGACGAGCACUCCCCUGCCCGAGACCAUCGCAUGGACGAGGACGACGACGGUGUCUUUGGGACUAUGGAAUACUAG